AUGAGGGCCGCCGGCAUCAAGCGCCUCGUGAUCAUCACGCCGCCGCCUGUGUACGAUGAGGGGCGCAUCAGGCAUCAGCAGCAGCGCAUGGGCACGACUGACCCAGUGGAGCCAGACCGCACCAAUGAAUUUGCGGGCCGCUACGCGGAGGCAGCGGCAGCGGUGGGCGAGGCGGCCGGCCUGCCCGUUCUGGACCUGCAUACCGCGCUGCAGGCGGAGGAGGGGUGGCAGACGCGGCUGCUGUCAGACGGGCUGCACUUCAGCCCCGCGGGGCAGGCGCUGGUCGGGCGGCUGCUGGUACAGCUGGUGCAGGCGGCCUACCCCGAGCUGAGUCUGGACAAGCUGUCCAACCACUUCCCCUGGUGGGACAAGUUUGCCGAGGCGGGCCCCAGCAAGGAGGCGGCGCUGUGGCGCGGCUUCUUGGACGGCGCGCAGCAGCAGCAGGCCGGGGCGGAAGAGGACCACGGGCAGCAGCCGCGCGCCGGGGGCUGA